GAGGAGACAGGAGGCGGAGAAGCAAGUGCGGGGUGGCGCCCGUCCACCCUCGCAACUCUCCUGGCUCCCGCCGGCUUUCGGAGGCGGGCCCGGGCUGCGGCAGCCGCAGAGCCUCGGAGGCCUCGGAGCCUCAUCUGUUUCAAUGGUGCAACUCUCUUCAUCUCCUUCUGGUUACCAGUCACCUUCAGGCCAUUCAGAGGAGGGAAGAGAGGGGAACAUGAAGUCAGCCAAGCCCCAAGCGAACCACGGUCAGCAUGGGGAAAGCCAGCGGGCCCUCAGCCCCUUGCCGGCCACUCUCAGUUCCUUUGCUUCUUCCCAAGCAUAUGAGACCUAUAUUGAUAAUGGACUCAUAUGCCUUAAACACAAAAUUAGAAACAUCGAGAAAAAGAAGCUCAAACUGGAAGAUUACAAGGAUCGCCUGAAAAAUGGAGAACAACUUAAUCCAGAUCAAUUGGAAGCAGUAGAGAAAUAUGAAGAAGUGCUACAUAACUUAGAAUUUGCCAAGGAGCUUCAGAAAACCUUUUCAGGACUGAGCCAAGAGCUACUUAAAGCCCAGAAGAAGGCCCAGAGAAGGGAGCACAUGAUAAAACUUGAAGCUGAGAAGAAAAAACUUCGCACUAUUCUUCAAGUUCAGUAUGUAUUACAGAACUUGACACAGGAACAUGUACAGAAAGACUUGAAAGAGGGCUUGAAUGGUGCAGUGUAUUUGCCUUUAAAAGAACUUGACUACCUCAUUAAAUUUUCAAAACUGACCUGCCCUGAAAGAAAUGAAAGUCUGAGUGUUGAAGACCAGAUGGAGCAGUCAUCCUUGUACUUUUGGGACCUUUUGGAAGGUAGUGAGAAAGCAGUGGUAGGAACGACAUACAAACAUGUGAAGGAUCUGCUGUCUAAAUUGCUGAACUCAGGCUAUUUUGAAAGUAUCCCAGUUCCAAAACAUACUAAGGAAAAAGAAUUAUUAUUGGAGGAAGAAAUUCUAAUAAAAUCAGAGAAGAAAAAACAGUUAUUGAAGAAUGAAUCUGUCGAAGAGCCAGAGUCUCUUAUGGAACAUGCACAGCCAGAGAUACAACCACAAGAGUUUCUUAACAGACGGUACAUGACAGAAGUAGAUUAUUCAAGCAAACAAGAUGAAGAGCAACCUUGGGAAGCAGAUUAUGGAAGAAAACCAAAUCUCCCCAAAUGUUGGGAUCUGCUUACUGAACCAGAUGGUGAGGAGAAGGAACAGGAAUCCUUCAAGUCCUGGGAGUCUCCUGCUAAGCACCAGGAGCUAGCAAAGCCUUCCGUUUCCUUAGAACAGAGGAAACAAGAGAUUCCGAAGCUCAGAUGCACUCUGCAGGAAGUACAGAAUCAGCAGGACGUCUCCAAACCCAAGCCAACUCCUGGCCAGUGGAAGCAAGAUGCUUCUAAAUCCAAAGUAGGAUACAUUCAAGAGAAACCGAAAAAACAGGAGACACCAAAGCCUUGGCCAGUUCAGCGGCAGAAAGAACAGGAUCCAAAGAAGCAAACCCCAAAGUCUUGGACACCUUCUCUGCAGAGUGAACAGGAUGUCUCCAAAUCGUGGACCACUCCCCUGGAUAAAGAGCAGGAUUCAAGACAGCCAGAUGCUUCCAAAUCCUGGGAAAACAAUGUUGAGAAUCAGAAACACUCUUUAGCACCACAGCCACAGGUUUCUCCAAAGUCCUGGGGGGUAGCUGCAGCAAGCCUCCUACCAAAUGACCAGCUGCUACCCAGGAAGUUUAACACAGAACCCAAAGAUGUGCCUAAGCCUAUGCAUCAGCCUGUAGGUUCUUUCUCUGCCCUUCCAAAGGAUCCAGUAUUGAGAAAAGAAAAACUGCAGGAUUUGAUGACCCAGAUUCAAGGAACUUAUAACUUUAUGCAAGAAUCGAUCCUGGAUUUUGACAAACCUUCAAGUGCAAUUCCAUCGUCACAGCCGCCUUCAGCUGCUCCGGGUAGCCCAGUAGCGUCUACAGAACAAAACCUAUCCAGUCAAAGUGAUUUUCUUCAAGAGCCAUUACAGGCUGCUGCUUCUCCAGUUACUUGUAGCUCAAAUGCUUGCUUGGUAACAGCCGAUCAGGGUUCCUCAGGAUCUGACACAGAGUUUAUGACCUCAAAGACUCUUGAGGUAUUUAAUGUUAAUGCACCUCUGCCUCCACGGAAAGAACAAGAAAUAAAAGAAUCCCCCUAUUCACCUGGCUACAAUCAAAGUUUUACUACAGCAAGUACACAGACACCACCCCAGUGCCAACUGCCAGCUAUACACAUAGAACAAACUGUGCUUUCCCAAGAGACUGCAGCAAGUUAUCCUGAUGGAACCAUUCAAGUAAGCAACGGUAGCCUUGCCUUUUACCCAGCACAGACGAAUGUAUUUCCCAGACCCUCUCAGCCAUUUGUCAAUAGCCGGGGAUCUGUCAGAGGAUGUACUCGUGGUGGGAGACUACUAACCAACAUGUACCGGUCCCCUGGUGGGUAUAAAGGUUUUGAUACUUAUAGAGGACCGCCUUCAAUUUCCAAUGGAAGUUAUAGCCAGCUACAAUUCCAAACUAGAGAGUAUCCUGGAACGCCUUAUUCCCAAAGGGAUAAUUUCCAGCAGUGUUACAAGCGAGGAGGGACAUCUGGUGGUCCUCGGGCAAAUUCAAGAGCAGGGUGGAGUGAUUCUUCUCAGGUGAGCAGCCCGGAAAGAGACAACGACACUUUUAACAGUGGUGACUCUGGACAAGGAGACUCCCGUAGCAUGACCCCUGUGGAUGUGCCAGUGACAAAUCCAGCAGCCGCCAUACUGCCAGUACAUGUCUAUCCCCUGCCUCAGCAGAUGCGAGUUGCCUUUUCAGCAGCCAGAACCUCUAAUCUCGCCCCGGGAACUUUAGACCAACCUAUCGUGUUUGAUCUUCUUCUGAACAACCUGGGAGAAACGUUUGAUCUUCAGCUCGGUAGAUUUAAUUGCCCCGUGAAUGGCACUUAUGUUUUCAUUUUUCAUAUGCUAAAGCUGGCAGUAAAUGUGCCACUGUAUGUCAACCUCAUGAAGAACGAAGAGGUCUUGGUGUCUGCCUAUGCCAAUGAUGGUGCUCCAGACCACGAAACUGCCAGCAACCAUGCAAUUCUUCAGCUCUUCCAGGGAGACCAGAUAUGGCUACGCUUGCACAGGGGAGCCAUUUAUGGAAGUAGCUGGAAAUAUUCUACAUUUUCAGGUUAUCUUCUUUAUCAGGAUUGAAAGUCAGUAUAGAAUUAAUGAAAGGUUGAUGUUCUCACUGGUGGGAUUCUCACUAGUGAGAUUAAAGGACCUCGUGACUGGUUGGUUUAGGAAAAUGUUUUCAUUCCUAGAAGAAGGAAGAGGUCCUUACUUUUUUGUUUUCCUCUCCAAGGUGAAACGUUUCAAGCUGAAUGACAGCUAGCACUCAUCUGGCACUUUAUAGAUUGUGAUGUAGCCUCUCUAGUCAAGCUGUGAAUGUAUAUUGUUUGCACUUAAUCCUUAACUGUAUUAAUGUUCAGCUUACUAAACUGACUCAGCCUCAAGUUCAGGCAAGUUAUAAUGCCUUGUUGUGCCUCAAUAAAAAAAACUUACAUGCAC